AUGAUCGUAACAUCACCUUGCAUCGUUUUCCUAAGCCUGGGAGAACAAAUUAAUAGCUUACGAUGUGAAUUAUGGGCGAAGUACUGUUUUCCUCAUGACUCUUGGUGGUCACCAGAAUUUCAAAACAAGCUUCAUUCUAAGCAUUUAAUGUUGUGCACUAAACAUUUUAAGAAAUCAUCAUUCAUUGAUAAUUUUGGAAAGAGGCUAGUCAAAUCUGCAGUACCUGAUGAGGAAUGUGAUAAGAUCACAUUAGCUGACCAUAAUUUGGAACAAAGGAAUGUCAUUCAACAUAUUGCGGGUCCAUCAACUACUAAACAACCACUGAAAAUAUUCAGAAGACUAACUGUUCCAAAUGUAUUUGAGCCGGUUGCGGGUCCGUCAAAAUGUAUACAACCCUUGUGUGAGAAUGUGCAUUAUAAGACCAUUCCUGACAAAACUAGUGCUAUUCCUCAAGUAACUGAGAAUAUCAACCCUGUUGCUGCUGCAAAUCCAUCCACGAAAAACAAAAAGGAUAAAGAUAUGUUGAUAAAAAUGAAAUAUCAUCUGAGAAAAAUUAACAGGCUUCAAAAAACUGUAAAGCAUCUAAAGAAUGAAGCAUUUCUCAAAGGGAACUCUUCAGAGGCCGUCACUACUGCUAAUGUUAUUGUAAAUAUGUACAAGCUGUUUAAUUGUGUCAACGCAUACACACCAGACCUAAGAAGGGGGAAACCAUUUUCGACAAACAUGACAAAUAAUACACCACAUCUCAAACAUUUCACUUUAAUGAAGAAAUUUUUUAAAGAAAUGACGUUUUCCGUCAAACAAUAA